AUGACCUCGCGGGUCUUCGAACGCAUUCAUGUGGACUUUGGAACCACGUCGGAAAAUAACCUGUUUGCUAUGGUUGACAGUUCUUCUAAAUGGGUUCAGGUCCUGCCCAUGUCUUCCACAACCUCACCCAAGACAGUCGAGAAACUGAUGGCUGUCUUCGCACAGUUUGGACUACCCGAAGAAGUGGUGACUGAUGGAGGCCCCCAGUUUCGAAGCGAGGAGUUCAAGAACUUUUUGAAGGAUCAGGGAGUGGUGCACACCAUGACGCCUCCCUACCGCCCGGCUUCGAAUGGCGCCGCGGAGAAAGCUGUGCAAACAGUCAAGCGAGCGCUGCUCAAGCAAGUACUUGAAGACGACCUCCAAGGGAGCAGACAAAAUAUCCAGGAGAAGUUGUCGUGUUUCCUACUUGCCACCGGACGACACCACACACAAGUACUGGAAAGGCCCCUGCAGAGCUGUUCCUAG